GUUUUAUGACGUAGAUUGUAAGCGACGUUAGAGUUUUUCCAUUAUGGCAACCGUACUGUUAAGCGAGGCUGAAAAGGUGUAUAUUCUUCAAGGCAUUCGGGAUGACUUGCGAGUGGAUGGACGAAGCUGUGAGGACUAUAGACUUAUGGAAAUCGAAACUGGUGUAGUUCCCAACACAGAUGGUUCAUCCAAAGUCACACUGGGGAACUCCGUAAUUUUGGUCGGAAUCAAAGCUGACAUUGGAAAACCAAAGCCUGUGAUGCCAGAUGAAGGAUACCUUGAGUUCUUUGUUGAUUGUUCAGCAAAUGCCACUCCUGAGUUUGAGGGGCGAGGAGGGGAGGAGCUGGGGACUGAGCUGAGUAACACGCUCUAUAAAGUCUUUAACAACAAUUGCGGUAUGGACCUAAAGAGCCUCUGCAUCAGUCCUAGAGAACUCUGCUGGGUGCUCCAUGUAGAUGUGCUGCUCCUGCAGUGUGAUGGAAACCUAUAUGAUGCUAUCUCAAUAGCUAUCAAGGCAGCUCUCUUCAACACAAAGAUUCAAAAAGUACACGUAUCAGAGGAUGAGGGUGGAAAAGAGAUUGAGCUGUCAGAUGACCCCUACAACGUUUUAAGACUUGAUGUGGAAAAUGUACCCUGCGUAGUGACCUUGUGCAAGGUGGGCCAUAGGUAUGUGGUGGAUGCCACACUGCAGGAGAAGGCGUGUUCAGUGGCCAAUCUGAUCAUCUCUGUCACACAAAAGGGUAUGCUGACCUGUGUGAGGAAGAUGGGUGGAGGUAGUCUGGACCCAGAGAGUAUCUUUGAAAUGACAGAGGCAGGUAAACGGCUAGGGAAGGCCCUUCAUGCCCCGCUUAUGAAGCUGCUGCACGAGGAGGAAAGUCUGGGAAAGAAGAGGGAGAAAGUUGGCUUCCUUGGUUAGGAUUAAACAUCUGUUUGUAAAUGUCUGCUUUAGUAAUAAAACACAGUAUUUUUUAUAGCCUGCUCAUCAUUGUCUGUGGUAAAACUUGGAUUUCUCUGAGUGUGCUUUUAUUUUGUUCACCUUUUGCAAGUUACACAGCGUGCAGGAGCACUCGUUUCAUUAUAAAGGGAUGCUUUUAUAUGCCAUUGGUGUCCAAUAAAUGUCAAUUGUUACUUUAGUUUUGACAUUCUAGUUUGGUUGGUCCACAAAUGUGUAGAGGCAGAAUCUAAUUUUACUUGAGUCAAUAUUUGCAGUCGAAGUAAUUUGAUUCAGAUGGAUCCUUGCUGCAUAAAUCCUGGUUAGAGUUGUAUUAAAUUAUUAGCUUUGACUUCCAGUCACAGACACUGAAAUGGUGGCUAAGAUGACAUGACCAAGGAGGAUAAAGGGUGAGUUAUGAAAAAAACAGAGGCCACUUUGUAUGACUAGAACAAAAACCUUGGUAGUGCUUCACAAGAUUGCAGAGCCGAAGCUACGAUAUGAAGGGAUGGAGCAGAUAUUGGACUCUUUCUACUGAAAUCAUUUGUUUUCUAUUUUAUGGACCUGUAAUGAACUGGAGUGUAUUAAAACUGAACAUUUAUAUGUCUCCCAUAUGACCUGCUUUGAAGAGGGUGCGCCACAUAAAUAAAUUACUCAAACCAAAGCCUUUGAAACAUCCUGUGCAGCGGUUCCAGGAACAACAAACAUCAACAAAAAG